UUUGAUCAAUCACUUUCCUAGUUCUUCUCAAACUACUUUAAAACAAAUUCCUUAUUUGUGACCGUAGAAUGCUACCAACACCGCCGACUCAAACAUAAACCUUCUUUGACUCUUAAAACAUCGUAGUCAUCGCAAAACCGUAGCAAAAAACGAUGAAGAGAGCGAGAACAACAACAAAGGUAACAUCUUUGUUCUCCUCUCUUUGUAAGCAACGAUCCUUUCAAAUUCUCAUCAUCAUCGCUGUUCUCUAUGUUCUUCUUUUCACUCUUGAAAUCCCUUUUGUUUUCAACAAAACCGCCGUAACUCGCUCCGAAAGACACGUUCUCGAACAACAACAACAGCUACAACCUAGUACCCAUCAAAAAGCUGAUUCGAUUCUCUCUAGUUUGAUUCUAAACGACGCCGCAUUCGAUUCCAAAGAGUAUCAAUUAUCGGUCAAAGAUGGAAAACGCGUUUGGAAUGAACUUCAAUCUGCAAAAACGCAAACCCCAAUUCAAACCGCUCCGAAACCCGAGAAACGACCCGGGUCAUGUCCUCGAUCGGUCUCGGUUACCGGGUCGGAGUUUGCGGCGAAUGGGAGUUUGAUGGUGAUUCCAUGUGGGUUGACGUUAGGGUCGCAUAUAACGGUGGUUGGAAAACCGUUGAGUUCGGAAGGGAAAAAUCACUUUUUUUUGGAGUUGCAGGGUUUGAAAACGGUGGAAGGUGAAGACCCACCAAGGAUUUUGCAUUUCAAUCCAAGGUUGAAAGGGGAUUGGAGUGGGAAGCCUGUUAUUGAGCUUAACUCUUGUUAUAGGAUGCAGUGGGGUACUUCUUUGAGAUGUGAUGGUUGGAAAUCAAGGGCUGAUCAAGACACUGUCGAUGGGCAGGUGAAGUGCGAGAAGUGGAUUGGGGGAGAUGAUAGGCAAGCAGAGGAGUUUGUAUCAAAAUGGUGGUUGAAUAGAUUCGUAGGUCGGCCGAAAAAAGUAACAGUUGAUUGGCCAUUCCCAUUUAAUGAGGACAAGCUAUUUGUUCUUACUGUUAGUGCUGGAUUGGAGGGCUAUCAUUUUAAUGUUGAUGGGAGGCAUGUGGUCUCGUUUCCUUAUCGCACUGGCUUUACUCUUGAGGAUGCUACUGGACUCACUGUACAUGGAGAUAUUGAUGUCCAUUCUAUAUUUGCUGCCUCCUUGCCUUCAACGCAUCCUAAUAUUUCUCCACAACAGCAUCUUGAAUUUUCAGCCAGAUGGCGUGCCCCACCACUACCUAAGUUUGGUGUGGAAUUGUUCAUCGGCAUCCUAUCAGCUGGAAACCAUUUCGCUGAGCGGAUGGCUGUAAGAAAGUCGUGGAUGCAGCAUAGCCUUAUCAAAUCUUCAGAAGUGGUGGCUCGUUUCUUUGUAGCACUGCACCCGAAAAUAGAAAUUAAUGCAGAGUUGAAGAAGGAAGCAGAAUAUUUUGGAGAUAUUGUUAUAGUGCCUUACAUGGAUAAGUAUGACCUUGUUGUGUUGAAAACAGUGGCUAUAUGUGAAUAUGGGGUUAAUAGAGUAUCUGCGGCAUACAUCAUGAAAGGUGAUGAUGACACAUUUGUUAGAGUGGAUGCUGUUAUAGACGAAGUAAGGAAGGUUCCAGAUUCUAUGGGUGCUUAUAUUGGGAAUAUAAAUUAUCACCACAAACCUUUGCGCUAUGGUAAAUGGGCUGUGACAUACGAGGAGUGGCCAGAAGAGGAUUACCCACCAUAUGCUAAUGGACCGGGGUAUAUUCUGUCUUAUGAUAUCGCACACUACAUUGUUUCUGAAUUUGAGAAGCAUAAAUUACGGUUGUUUAAAAUGGAAGAUGUGAGUAUGGGAAUGUGGGUAGAGCAAUUUAACAGCACGAUAUCGGUACACUAUUCUCAUAGCUUAAGAUUCUGCCAGUUUGGAUGUAUAGAAGGCUAUUACACAGCUCAUUACCAAUCUCCAAGGCAGAUGAUGUGCCUUUGGGAUAAAUUGCAGCGGCAUACAAGUCCUCAAUGCUGCAACAUGAGGAGAUAACAAAGUGGGGUAUUAGACUCCAUUUUUUAAUUUAUAGAUGAACAAAGAAAACAAGUUUUGCAGUCAUAGUUUAGCUUCAUAUAUUUGUAAAUAUAUCGGAGCUCAGAUAGAAAUUUUAGCACUGUAUAAAUGGCCUUUUAUUUUCUUCUGAUAAAUUUUUUUCAUUAACACCUUGUUAUACCUGGUUAUCUCAUCUUUCCCUUUCUAGCUGGUCAUUUGUUUUGGCUAGGAUUGGUAAAGAUGAAAGGGAGUGGUGGAUUGAGAUGCUGCUAACAUACUGCUAAGAUUAAGGUUAUUAACACAUCUUUUAAUGUGAGGCACAUGAUCUAAGUCAAUGUCACAUGAAUAUUA